AUAAUAUGUCCGAUAGCCAGGGAAUUGAAUCUUCAUUUGGGAGGGGUCUCCUCCAAAUGGAAGAUAAUCCAAAUAUCAACGUAUUUAAGACAACGAAUUCAGGCGACUUUUCCCACACAGAAAAAAAUGGAGAAAGCCUUAGCUUCACAUCUGGAGAGAAUUUGCAGAAUCCUUUGGGAAAUAUGGGUGAAUUCUCUGGGGAAGGCCUUGAUGCUGCCUACGACCCUAUGGAUUUCAGUGAUGGUAUCAAUAACUGCGAGGUAGUCAGGCCACAGGAUGAUUACGAUGAGGAUUACGAGUGAGAUAGUAACAACCCAAUUAUUCCUGAGACUACUCCUAUGACAAUGGAGCUCAAUGAUAGCAACUCGAUAAAGCUCAGAAAAGGCAUUUUAGUAGUUAGGAAGUACAAAGAAGGAGUAGACGAACUUAAUGAAUUUCAAAGUAUUCGUGGAUAUUCUGUAGUGGACAGGCAAGCGCCAAAGUCAGUCCGCUAUAAUGAGGGUAAUGCCCUUGAGAAAGUCAAGUACUUCUCUAAAGACGCUGAGCCUAACGCUCCAGCUCUCACUUUUGACCAAGUGAUUCAAAUCCAGAAUGAGUUAGAGAACUUAAAGGCUGAGGAAGUUAAGAUUGAAGAUAAUCUGAGCCAAGAGCAACAGAGAAAGGAUGGAAUUAGUAAGGAAAGAAAACGAGCUCUUGAAAACAUUAAGAAGAAAAAGCAGAGAAAAGAGGAAGAGAACAUCAUGCUACAAAACAUGAAGCCAGAGAUUGAGUAUGUCAGAGGAUCAUUGGUUAAGAUCCAAAAGCCAGAUGAUUACUUCCUUUCUGACCCAGAGGAGGACUCUCAAAUUGAUAUUCAGAAAGAAAGAGAAAGCAGAAUUCUUAGUAAAGUAUACUUUCAUGAAGAGAACAUUCCUAAAAAUCCGUCCAUGGAUAGUAUGAAGGUUUUUAAUACUAAGAACAAGAUGAUAGUAAAAGGAUCUUCUCUCAAAAAUACAUAUCUGAAAAAUAAAGGAAGUGUAAAAGACCAGAGCAAAACUGAUCUGUCUACUGAAAACGUUGAGCAGAGCUCUAGUUCAGGUCUGAACCUACUUUCUGCUAGCCUCAAUCAAGACAAUGAGGCAAGUGGUAAUUAUAAUCAUGCUACUGGUUUACAAGAAUACAAUACUUCUACGGUGGAUUUUUCAAACACUUUAAACAAUGAAACCCUACAUCAUGGGGGAGAAAAAUUAGAUUCUGAGACUUUAUCAGAGGAAAGUUUGCAACAAAUUAAAUUUUUGAGGGAUCUCUCUCAAAACUACCGUACAAUUCCUUGUAAGAACUAUCAUGGCUCGCAAGGAUGUGGUAGGUCUCGAUACUGCCACUUUAUUCACUUAUCUGAAUACGAAGGCAAAGAGAUCCCCAAAGAUGUCUUUGGGAAAGUCAGGCCUGCCUAUAUUAAUAAAAGGGAUAAGGUCCUGAAGGAGAUCAACUCUUCAGAGAAGCCACUCACUGACACUAGAGUAGGAGUCUUGUACCAGUACAUGCAGAAGUUCUUGACCUUAGACACUAUUUUGGAGCAUGAGAUCCAGCAAAGAAAAGAAACUGAUCUUCCCAAGUCUUAUAGAGAAGGAAGAAGAAAUGGAGCUUCAGUGAAGAAAUCCUACGUUGAGGAGACAGAGGAUCAAUAUGAUCCUUUACAAGGGAAUGGAUACUCAGAGCCAGAUCCUCUAAAUCAAAACCAUACAGCUCAGAGAGGAGGAUAUAAUUUUAGUAAAAACAACAGGAGACAUAACAAAAAGAUGAUGCUGUCCGAGGAAUUUAUGGCUUUAGGUGGAGAGCAGCCAUCUCAAAAUGAACCAAAGGCAUAUACUUCAGUAAAUUUUUAUUCACAUAAUUAG